CCAUCUAGUUUCACACUCACAAGCAAAACCAUCGGUUUUUUAUUUGCGGCGUGCGGCGGAAAAGAGAAACCGAAAGGCAGCCAACUUAUUGUUGUGAUCCGAUCCUGUUCCUGUGCAGGCUCCACUCGUCUCCGACGCGCCCCCCACUUUUUUGUUCAGUGCAUCAGGUGCAACAACAAACGCAGCGGCGGACCCAGGCGGACACGCAAAACACACCGAAAAAAAAGGAAAACGAAGUACGCAAAAAGGAGAGAGGAGAAGCACAAGCGCUUACAACUACAGCAGAAUAAGUGAUUACGCAUAUUUCCCAGAGAGUGUGCCAGCCAGUGGAAGAGCAGAUCCCGCCAUCAUGAGCAAGAAGCCGACAGCCGGACCGGCGCUCCACAAGGUCAUCAUGGUGGGCAGCGGCGGCGUGGGAAAGUCCGCCCUCACACUGCAGUUCAUGUACGACGAGUUCGUCGAGGACUACGAGCCCACCAAGGCCGAUAGCUAUAGGAAAAAGGUUGUGCUGGACGGCGAGGAAGUACAAAUAGACAUAUUGGACACGGCUGGCCAGGAGGAUUACGCCGCCAUCAGAGACAACUACUUUCGCAGCGGCGAGGGUUUCCUCUGCGUCUUCUCCAUCACAGACGACGAAAGCUUCCAGGCCACGCAGGAAUUCAGAGAGCAGAUUUUGCGGGUCAAGAACGACGAGAGCAUACCGUUCCUGCUGGUGGGCAACAAGUGCGAUCUGGACGACAAGCGCAAGGUGGCCCUGAGCGAGUGCCAGCUGAGGGCGCAGCAGUGGGCGGUGCCCUAUGUGGAGACCUCGGCUAAAACCCGCGAAAAUGUGGACAAGGUAUUUUUUGAUUUGAUGCGCGAAAUAAGAUCACGAAAAACCGAAGAUUCGAAAGCCACGAGCGGGCGUGCUAAAGAUAGAUGCAAGAAGCGGAGACUUAAGUGUACCCUACUUUAGGCAUUAGGUAUUUUAUGAUCUAAUCAGGGAUAUUUCAUCGCGUAAAAAACAACGUCAGACGGACGUGAAACAGCCGCCGAAGCCCAAUUCUCAUUGCUGCCAACUGCUGUAGGAUGAACAACAACAACCAGAACAUCAAUAACCGACAACCAUACGAUGAACAACAAACAACUGCAGCAGCAACAACUUGGAAAACAACAACGGCCACACGGAUAACACCAACCACAGAGUAGAAGAUGGAGAACAGACCGAUAUGUUAAUAAAUAAUUAACUUAGAGAACACCAGAACAACACACGCAAACAGCAGAAAUUAUCAAAAUUUAGUUGCCACACACUCAGAACUCAAACUCAAACACGUACUCCAAGUUAACUUGCAUUGUAAUAUACAUAAAUAUAUUAUUUAGGCAAUCGAUUUACCCCGAAAAAAUGAAAAGCAGCACAGCAGCUUACAAAUUCUGUCGUUUAGUUUUCGUUUUUUCCUUCAACUUAUCGAUUUUUGUGUUGCCCCGUAAAAAUAAAAUGUUAAAACUAAAACAACCACUAAAGCUUAAACGUAUUAAAUAUAAUCGCUCUUAGACACCUAAACGAAAAGCCCGUAAUAAUUAUGCAAUUUAAUAAAUGAUAUAGAUAUUUCUCUUGUUUAAUUAUACAUAUGCAUACAUUUUUUGUAAUAUUUUAAAGUUUAAUAGCGAAAUGCAAACAACACAAACCAACAAGAAACCACACAGAAAAGCUUUUUAUAAAUACAUCUAAAUAUAUAUAUUUAAAUAUAUACGAAAUAGUUUAAAGUAUAAAAAACACUUCGCAUGCUAGAGAAGAGAAGUAAAUAGAAAGGAAAACGAAAACAAAAAGAUAUCUCCAAUUAUUAAUUGUAAACGAAGUGAAUCGAAACAAAUUUUUAAUGCAAUUUUUGUAAUUUUCUAAACCGAAAGCAAAUGAGUAGGGAUAAAUAAACAAACAAAAAACACACACAAAAGAACAAUGAUGAACUGAUGUUUGCAGCAAGCAUUGGAGAUUUUUCUUUACCGCAAAGUUACUUUUUUUCCACGCUAAAACACAUCCAACAUAUAUUUAGCAAUUACUCCCGAUUCCCGAUUGAUUUGCUCCUUUGUUUACUUUUGUAACUGCAUUCUGUAUUGUAAUAUUUAAGCUAUUAUUAUUAUGAUAAUUAUUAUUAUUAAAUAUAUAAGUUAUAUAUGCAAGCGA